GCCGCCGUGCUCUUCCCCAGCUCUUCCGGCGGAUAUGAUGAGCAUUGUCUCAAGUCAUCAUCAUUGUCAACCAUCGGUUAUACACGAACGAUGCGGUAUAGGAACAAUAUCUAAGGCUACUUGUUCGAGAUAUUGCGGUCCGUGUUUCUCUGGAAGACUGGUUUUCUCUCAUAGCCUCUGCUUGAAGACUACUUGUGGGAAAACUGCUAGGAGAAGGUUUUCAAGGAUUUGCAGUAUUGUGGAUGAUGAGAUGAAUCCAGAUAAUUCGGAUGACGAGGAAAAGGAAUCACUCGAUGAUAAAACCAAAAGGCAAGCGAAUGAUAUGAAUCGGGCAAAUCUUGAAAGAAUGGUUGGGUCAGAUGAUUCUGCAUUUAACGGUUUAGAUCUUGCAACCCUCAUCAGACAGAAGUAUGGAAAAUCUUAUGAUGUUCAACUCAUCAAGAAGGAAUUCAUGGGGCGGAAUCUUCUUGCAAUGAAUGUCAUGUGGAAGUACAGAGAACAGAGGUCUUUUCCUCUAACCGAAGAAGAAUAUAUACUGAGACUUGACGAUGUAGCCAACAUGUUGAAAUGCUGGGGAGCAGUCUCACAUAUCCGUAGCAGCCUAGCAAAGUCGAAGGAGCGUCCUCGGAUAGGGAAGGCUGUCAGCAUUUUCAUAGACAUGGAUUCGACAGGGGGACGAGCAAACGAAUGGAUUUACAAGUAAAAAUCGACCGGUUUACAGCUUCUAAACCAAGAAAGCAAAAGGUUUUGUCUCUAAGUUUAUCGUCAUCAAUUCAUUUUGAAGGCUCUUCUCUGAUGGUGAUUUGCAGAAACAUAGUUUUUUUGCUAUAUUUGAUGUCCAAAAUCAGGUAGUAUAUAUGUACAUGUGUGUAUUUAGUAAACCCAAAUCUUUACA